UUUCUAGAAAAAGACCUGGAAAGCUGCUCACUGCUGCUGCUGAGAAUCUGUUUGGACUGAAGAAGCUGCUGGAUUAUUUAAAGCUCUGUUCCAGUGAUAGCCAACAUUGGCUGUUGAAGUGUAUGACUACGUUCCCUGUAAAAUGUGUCUCCAUUUCCUUUCAGGUUGGGAAACUGAUCCAAGAAGCAGCUGGAAGGAGUAAUUUGAAGAGAGUUACACUGGAGCUGGGUGGGAAAAGCCCAAACAUUAUUUUUGCAGAUGCUGAUUUGGACUAUGCUGUGGAACAAGCUCACCAAGGAGUCUUCUUCAAUCAAGGUCAAUGCUGCACUGCAGGCUCACGAAUUUAUGUGGAAGAAUCUAUCUAUGAAGAGUUUGUUAGAAGAAGCGUUGAACGUGCAAAAAGGAGAGUUGUGGGGAGUCCUUUUGACCCAACUACAGAACAAGGUCCACAGAUUGACAAAAAACAGUACAACAAGAUCUUGGAACUGAUUGAAAGCGGUAUUACUGAAGGAGCAAAACUUGAAUGUGGCGGUAAAGGGCUAGGAAGAAAGGGCUUCUUCAUCGAACCUACAGUGUUUUCGAAUGUGACAGAUGACAUGCGCAUUGCCAAGGAGGAGAUUUUUGGGCCUGUUCAAGAAAUACUGAGAUUUAAAACCAUGGACGAAGUUAUAGAGAGAGCCAACAAUUCUGAUUUUGGGCUGGUAGCUGCUGUCUUUACAAAUGACAUAAACAAGGCCCUGACAGUCUCUUCAGCGAUGCAGGCUGGGACAGUCUGGAUCAAUUGCUACAAUGCCUUAAAUGCUCAAAGUCCUUUUGGAGGAUUCAAAAUGUCUGGCAAUGGAAGAGAGAUGGGUGAAUGUGGAUUGAGAGAAUAUUCUGAAGUUAAAACUGUGACAAUAAAGAUCCCUCAGAAGAACUCCUAAAAUGACAAAAGGACCACAUUGUGCAAAGAGCACAUGAUGCCACCCUCUCUAUUCCUUAUGGAUACCAGCACUCAGGAAUAAAAAGUGUUACACAAUAUAUAUUUAAGAAAUUAAGUUGCAACAUAUAUACUGGGCACAUAAUUGCGUAUGUAAAGCAAACCAACUCUGCAUGUUUUCAAAAAACUCUCCUGAGAAUCGUUACAUUUUUAUAAAACAAAUCAUAACAAGAGAUAAAAUUGCUAUUGGGCAUCAUUUAGUAACGGUUCUAGCUAUAAAACUGUUAAAUGCAAACGCAUGCACACACAUUUCUCUCUUCUUUAAAUAAACAAGAUAAGUCUUACCGGUUUCAGGUUGCCUUCUCAAACACAUCUGCCUAGUAGUAACAUUCUAGUUUCAAUCAGGGCCUUACAAGCCAGAUUUUACCCCAAAUGCUGGCAAUAAACAACAUAAUUAUCAUUGCUGUUCUUGAAAAAUAAAAGACCUGAAUGGUAAUGAGCCAAAAAUUGGUAUACUGGCAACUUUCCAAUUAGCAUGCUCACAUAAAGUGGUCAAACUGGGGAGGGAAUCAAAUAGUUACAUAGAUGAUGAAAUCCAAAUACUUAUCAGUGAGGUCUGGCUUUCAUGACCCAGAGCAAUUUGAUUUUCAAAGCUUAUUUUCAUGAUUACUUUAUGUCUUGCUAUAAGCAAAAAUC